UGCCGGCUUGCCACACUUGCGCUGCCUCCGCUGUGAAGUUGAAACGCCCCAGUUUAGCCUCUCCUCUCCCUCACACAGAAACACGGAGGACAUGUGGAUUUCAGACGGCACACAUUUCACACACGUGUUGACCAACAACGCCAUUAUUUUUUGCAAAGAAAUCACAUCGGACAUGACUCCGGCGGUGGACACAACCUUCAGGGACUUCACUAUUUUGAGUGUUUGCCUGGCAACGGAAUAACCCUCCUGUAUUAACCUUUUUUUCUUUUCUUUUUUUCUUGUACACGGAGAGCUACAAGGCGCCGACUGAACCAAACUCUUUGCCCGUUCUCCCGGCGGUGUUAAAUAACACUAAUAAACUUGUGGGCGCUGUGUUAAUUGAAGGUUGCCGUGCAGGCAGCCGCGGACCGCUGGAUGGGACGCAGGUGAAAUGUUUGCUUACCUCAAGUUCCAAGUUGGGAGGAUAACAACAAUGUCACGGCUCGCUCGUUUUGGGAAAUGACUGCUGGCAGCACCGACGCUAAAAUAAUGGUUAGAAGAUGUCUACUGACGUUCAAGCCGUUCAGGAUAUUCGUGGUGGGGAUAGGCUUCUUCAGCCUGUGUUUUCUAAUGACCUCUCUGGGGGGGCAGUUCUCGGCCAAGAGACUGGGGGACUCCCCCUUCACCAUCCGCACAGAAGUGCUGGGAGGCGUGGAGUCGCGUGGCGUGCUGAGGAAAAUCAGUGACAUGCUGGAGGUGAUUCUGAAGAGGAUGGACAGCCUGUCCAAACUUGACAACACCUCCACCACCGACACUCGGCGCCUGGAUGAGCUCAGCUCUGCUAUCAACAGGUUUCAGCCAGCUGGCCUGGUGGAGAGGAUCCAGGCUAUAGCCCAGAAUGUCUCCAACAUGGCCAUCAGGGUGGAGCAGAUAUUGCAAAACAGCAUGGUGCAAGGACGAGCAGUGCGAGACGGGACGUCAGGUCAGUGUGAUGUGCCCAGAGACCCCCGUUUCCCAGACUGCCCUGGGAAAGUAGAUUGGAUGCGUGCACGCUGGACGUCAGACCCUUGCUACGCCUUCUACGGUGUAGACGGUUCAGACUGCUCCUUCCUCAUCUACCUGAGCGAGGUGGAGUGGUUCUGCCCCCCGCUGGUGUGGAGGAAUCACAGCAGCCCCCCCACUCAGCUUGCGAAGCAGAGCAAGAGCAGCAAGCGCCAGGCUGCUUUCCGCACAGACCUUUCUGUGCUUCUGGACCAGGUCGGUACCGGCAAGGAGUCCCUCAGCUUCAUGAAGCGCCGCAUCCGUCGUCUGGCACAACAGUGGGCGACAGCUGCAAACCGCCUCGACGCCAAACUGCAGCAGCGAUGGAGGGACCAGAAGAAGAUCCUGGUCCAUGUAGGCUUCCUAACAGAGGAGUCUGGGGACGUUUUCAGUCCCAAGGUGUUGAAAGGGGGUCCUCUGGGAGAGAUGGUCCAGUGGGCUGACAUCCUCACCGCCCUCCAUGUCCUGGGACACAACCUCAAGAUCUCCAUGUCUGUCAAGGAGCUGCAGGGGUUCCUCGGCGUGCCGCCAGGAAGAGGCAGCUGCCCGCUGACUGGCCCGCUGCCCUUUGACCUCAUCUACACUGACUACCAUGGCCUGCAGCAGAUGAAGCAGCACAUGGGGCUGUCACUCAAGAAACACAAAUGUCAUAUCAGGGUGAUUGACACAUUCGGGACAGAGCCAGCGUACAAUCAUGAGGAGUAUGCAACGCUGCACGGCUACCGGACCAACUGGGGCUACUGGAACCUCAACGCCAGGCAGUACAUGACCAUGUUCCCACACACACCAGACAACUCGUUCAUGGGCUUUGUUUCGGAGGAGCUGAAUGAGACCGAGAAGAGGAACAUUCAGCAGAACAAGGUUAACAACAUGGCAGUGGUCUACGGAAAGGAAGCCAGCAUGUGGAAGCUUCAGCAGGGUAAAGAAGGUUUCCUGCAGAUUCUCCACAAGUACAUGGAGGUCCACGGAACGGUGUACUACGAGACCCAGCGACCUCCAGAGGUCCCAGCUUUCGUUAAAAACCAUGGCCUGCUGCCCCAGCAUGAGCUGCAGCAGCUGCUGCGCAAAGCCAAGCUCUUCAUUGGCUUUGGUUUUCCUUAUGAAGGCCCCGCCCCUCUGGAGGCUAUAGCCAAUGGCUGCAUCUUCCUGCAGCCCAAAUUCCACCCACCCCACAGCUCGCUCAAUCACGAGUUCUUCAGAGGAAAGCCCACUUCACGAGAGGUGUCCUCCCAGCACCCGUAUGCAGAGCAGUACAUCGGCAGGCCUCACGUCAUGACUGUGGACUACAACAACUCCCUGGAAUUUGACUCUGCCAUCAGGGAGAUCAUGAGGACCAAGGUUGAGCCAUAUCUACCUUACGAGUACACCUGUGAGGGGAUGCUAGAGAGGGUCCAUGCCUACAUACAGCACCAGGACUUCUGUGUCCCAGAGCCUCCCUUCCUGCCAGCCAACCUGUCCAGAUUGAGUCCCACUGGUGGCAACAGGGUCCCAGGACCUCUAUUUGUGCCCCUGCCCAACUCCACAGCCCUUGGCUGGGCAUCCAAUGUGACGGCUCCUCCUGCCUGGCCUCCUCUCAGCUCCCUCAGGCUAAUUGUGUCACAGGAGGGCCAGUCCUGUGUGGACGCAUGCCAGUUUGCUGGCUUUAUCUGUGAGCCUGCUCACUUCCGCUUCAUAAACAACAAGGAGGCCCUCCACGGGUUAGAUGUGCAGUGCGAGGUGGUAGACUCGGAGAUCAAUCACAUCCUGCCAGCCUUCUCGGUGGUGCGGCGGGAGUGCGGCCUGCAGCGGGAACCCCUCCUCUUCAGCUGCGCAGGACAUUCCCCCAAAUACAGACGCCUUUGCCCCUGCAGGGACUUCCGCCAUGGCCAGGUGGCGCUGUGCAGAGACUGUCUAUGAUGACAGGCCACAUGGAGGACACCACCGAAGAGCUGGAUGCAGAACGGGUCGUGGGUCGUCAUGAGUCGUGCUAAAGAGUCAGGAAAGUUAAACGUGGUGUGUUAGGCUUGAAUGAGUGCAGUACGAUGGAAAAUUGACAAGGACUUGACUGAGUGAAACAGACACAGACUUUUUGGCAGAUGGGUAACUUCCACCAGAAAGAAAGUACAUGUAGAAUUUGUAGGGAGAGGCAUGCAAUGAUGUUGGAGGGCUGUAAGUGAGCUUGAAUGGCUGGCCAGAUUGUAAGUGAAGGUUUUGGUUACGCAUGGCUGUUAUAAAAGCUCUUAUAACAGGCUGGAGACACAUGGCUGUAAGGAGGGCUUGUCUCAUCAUUACUCCUAGUUCAGAGGCCGCAUGAUCACUGGAUGUCAGUAAAACCAGGGAGUGUUUUCCACUUCAGGGCAAAGGCUGGAUCACCAUCCACCAAGCCACCUAACACUUACAUUAGCCCACUCACCACAGGAAAUUAUUUUGCUGCUACCAGGUGUCAACUGGCAGUGGGGCAUAUAACAUUUCAUUUUCCGAACUGUAUCUCUCUAAAGCCAGGGGGUUCAAGGUAGAAAUGAUACACUGGAACUAUAUGUUGGGACUGCAGAGUUGGAUAGUAGGAGACACAGUAUUGGGACCAGUGUCACACUGUGACAAAAUCUUCAAAUAUCUUGGCUUGAAGAAGCCAACCUUGGGUCAAUAUCCAAUCUCCCCUCCUCUCUGCGCUUGGACAAGGGAUGAUGGACAACCAGGUUAUCUCUGAUGUUUUUUCUCCCCUUCUUCAAUGAUGGACAGAGUCAUUUAUCAGACUGAACCCAGAGUCUGGGGCAACAACGGUCAAUGCAAUCAUCUCUGGUCACAAAAGUGGGGGGAGGAAGACAGAGGAGAAAGAAAAAAGAUACAAGAUUAUUUUUCAAUAAGUAAGCCUUUAGAGCUCUUGCCAGGAUUUUUAAAGAGUCCUGGGCUUUGUGAUGAAAAAAAACAUACAAUAAAAAAGUCAUAAAGGAUCAAAGUGUUAAGUUGGUUUUAUAUUACAUCUGGUCUUCAAAAGGUUCCUGUCUCU